CGUGCGCACAAGGGACCCUUGUCUCUGGGACUUCUCUCACCCCGGUCGGGCUGAAUGUGGCGCCGCCGGCCGGAAGUGCAGCUGCGGCUGGUUCCGGCGGCCGGGAAGGUGUUGGAAUGGAAGAGGUUCCGCAGGACUGUCCCGGAACCAGCAGUGCCCAGGCGGGCAAAGGGGCCUCGUGUCAGGGAUGCCCGAACCAGCGUCUGUGCGCCUCUGGGGCUGGCGCCGCCCCCGACCCGGCAAUAGAGGAAAUCAAAGAAAAAAUGAGAACUGUGAAACACAAAAUCUUGGUCUUAUCUGGGAAAGGGGGUGUUGGCAAAAGUACCUUCAGUGCUCAUCUGGCUCAUGGCCUAGCAGAAGAUGAAAGUAAACAGGUUGCUUUGCUGGAUAUUGACAUUUGUGGACCAUCAAUUCCCAAAAUGAUGGGACUAGAAGGAGAACAGGUUCAUCAGAGUGGUUCUGGAUGGUCUCCAGUGUAUGUUGAAGAAAAUCUUGGUGUGAUGUCAGUAGGCUUCUUGCUUGGCAGUCCUGAUGAUGCUGUCAUCUGGCGGGGACCAAAAAAAAAUGGCAUGAUCAAGCAGUUUCUUCGUGAUGUGGAUUGGGGAGAGAUUGACUACCUCAUUGUAGAUACCCCUCCUGGCACUUCUGAUGAACAUUUAUCCAUAGUCCAGUAUCUCAGUGCAGCACAGAUAGAUGGAGCAGUAAUAAUCACUACUCCUCAGGAAGUAUCACUACAGGAUGUUCGUAAAGAAAUCAACUUUUGUCAUAAAGUGAAAUUGCCAAUAAUUGGUGUAGUAGAGAACAUGAGUGGCUUCAUUUGCCCUAAAUGUAAGAAUGAAUCGCAAAUAUUUCCUCCAACAACAGGGGGCGCAGAGGUAAUGUGCCAAGAUUUAAAAGUCCCCCUCCUUGGUAAAGUGCCUCUGGAUCCACAAAUAGGUAAAAGUUGUGAUAAUGGACAAUCCUUUUUGACUGAAGUGCCUGAUUCACCAGCUACAUUAGCAUACAGAAAUAUAAUCCAAAGAAUUCAAGACUUUUGUGGCUUACAUAGUUCAAAAGAAGAAAAGCUGAUUAGCUGCUGAAACGUGAAUUUUCAUGGACCCUAGCUGAGAAAUGGACCAAUACUAUGUAUAAUAAAAAAGUCUAAUUGACUGCAGGGAUAAGCAUUAGAAAUAAAAAUGCCUGACCUGGUUUUGAAAUCACUUUUUAAGAACACUUUAAUCAUCUAAUUUUGAUAUACUUUUUAUUAGGAUAUAACUUAAUAUAAUGUAAGGCACUGUA